AUGUCGUCUGCUUAUUUUUCGACUGUCACCGUCCUGGAACUCGCCACGUCUCUUACAUUCUAUUAUGGAGAGAGAAUUUAUCAUUCAUUCAAUCGAUUUAUGUCACACUUCUCUGCGGUGGAAACUUUGAAAAUAGAUGAGGAAGGUAUCUUCAUCCUAACGCAAUACAUCGAAACCGACGAAUCAGAAGCACCAUUAUUUCCAAUGCUGCGCUAUCUUACCGUGUCAAAAAUGGAUUUUAACACACAUAGAAAGCGCAAAUGUCAUUGUAAAUAUCAUCCGGGGCGUUUUUCAGGUUCCAUCGAGCAAUUUCUCAAGUGGCGAAGUAAUCGAAGCAUGCCUAACAUUCAGAUCCUGUCCUUGGACCGCACUUCCUCCGAGUCUCCUAAAUACGAAGAUCCGUCUGGUCGUGGUAUGCGUAGUCUUGAUCCUGCUCUGGAUGAACUUGCGGGCAUGAAGGUUGUUUGGAAGUUCGAAGAUCGUGUAGUUGAAUACGAAUGUGGAAGUGGAUUUCCAGAGCGGCUGAAAUAUGAUGAAAUUUAUCGCCAUUGCGAGAUUUGGAACAGAAAUGCCAAUUUUUUUUAA